UACUUUGUUCUUACCACUAAUAUUCACCCCAUGAAUUGUGAACUGACAAUUGCUUCUCAAUUCAAGAGCUGGUUGAUGUAUUUACCUACCCUACUAUGCGAUUCCGUCCUUGUGGUCCAACGGUCAAGAUUCCUGCUUGUCAAGCAGCAAAGCCUUGGGCUUGGCUUCAACACUCGCAGGCGACCGGGGUUCGACUCCCCGCCUGAGAGCUUUUUGAUGUGA